CUGCGCCCAGAUAGACAUCCGAAGCUUUUAAUCAUCGGAGUUCUAAUCAGGGAACUCUUUAGCUCUUUCUUUUAGAAAAGUAAUGAUGGAACGGAACGUGGCUGGGUUAGGAGAUUGGCAAUGGACAGGAGGUAGAGGUGUCUUGAUAGGGUGUGCCGUUGGUUCCCAGCAGGUUAUGAUCAGGGAGCUGUAUUUUCAAGUAGUAACAGCACUGCGAAGAGCAAGCAAUGAAAGGCCAGCAUUCUAAUUGGAAAGAAAGAAGAGGAAAUUUCCCUCUGCAAGGGGGCUAAUUUGCCAACUGGUGAUAUUGUUCAGUUCAAGGGAAUGAAGAAUUCAGAAUAAUUUUGGUAAAUGGAUUCCAAUAUGGGGAAUAAGAAUAAGCUGAACAGUUGACCUGCUUUGAAGAAACAUACUGUCCAUUUGCCUAAAAUAAUCUAUAACAACCAAACCAAUCAAAAUGAAUUCAACAUUAUUUUCCCAGGUUGAAAAUCAUUCAGUCCACUCUAAUUUCUCAGAGAAGAAUGCCCAGCUUUUGGCUUUUGAAAAUGAUGAUUGUCAUCUGCCCUUGGCCAUGAUAUUUACCUUAGCUCUUGCUUAUGGAGCUGUGAUCAUUCUUGGUGUCUCUGGAAACCUGGCCUUGAUCAUAAUCAUCUUGAAACAAAAGGAGAUGAGAAAUGUUACCAACAUCCUGAUUGUGAACCUUUCCUUCUCAGACUUGCUUGUUGCCAUCAUGUGUCUCCCCUUUACAUUUGUCUACACAUUAAUGGACCACUGGGUCUUUGGUGAAACGAUGUGUAAGUUGAAUCCUUUUGUGCAAUGUGUUUCAAUCACUGUGUCCAUUUUCUCUCUGGUUCUCAUUGCUGUGGAACGACAUCAGCUGAUAAUCAACCCUCGAGGGUGGAGACCAAAUAAUAGACAUGCUUAUGUAGGUAUUGCUGUGAUUUGGGUCCUUGCUGUGGCUUCUUCUUUGCCUUUCCUGAUCUACCAAGUAAUGACUGAUGAGCCGUUCCAAAAUGUAACACUUGAUGCGUACAAAGACAAAUACGUGUGCUUUGAUCAAUUUCCAUCGGACUCUCAUAGGUUGUCUUAUACCACUCUCCUCUUGGUGCUGCAGUAUUUUGGUCCACUUUGUUUUAUAUUUAUUUGCUACUUCAAGAUAUAUAUACGCCUAAAAAGGAGAAACAACAUGAUGGACAAGAUGAGAGACAAUAAGUACAGGUCCAGUGAAACCAAAAGAAUCAAUAUCAUGCUGCUCUCCAUUGUGGUAGCGUUUGCAGUCUGCUGGCUGCCUCUUACCAUCUUUAACACUGUGUUUGAUUGGAAUCAUCAAAUCAUUGCAACCUGCAACCACAAUCUGUUAUUCCUGCUCUGCCACCUCACAGCAAUGAUAUCCACUUGUGUCAACCCCAUAUUUUAUGGGUUCCUGAACAAAAACUUCCAGAGAGACUUGCAGUUCUUCUUCAACUUUUGUGAUUUCCGGUCUCGGGACGAUGAUUAUGAAACAAUAGCCAUGUCCACCAUGCACACAGAUGUUUCCAAGACUUCUUUGAAGCAAGCAAGCCCAGUCGCAUUUAAAAAAAUCAACAAUGAUGAUAAUGAAAAAAUCUGAAACUACUUAUAGCCUAUGGUCCCGGAGGACAUCUGUUUAAAAACAAGCACAACCUGCAACAUACUUUGAUUACCUGUUCUCCCAAGGAAUGGGGUUGAAAUCAUUUGAAAAUGACUAAGAUUUUCUUGUCUUGCUUUUUACUGCUUUUGUUGUAGUUGUCAUAAUUACAUUUGGAACAAAAGGUGUGGGUUUUGGGGUCUUCUGGAAAUAGUUUUGACCAGACAUCUUUGAAGUGCUUUUUGUGAAUUUAUGCAUAUAAUAUAAAGACUUUUAUACUGUACUUAUUGGAAUGAAAUUUCUUUAAAGUAUUACUAUUAACUGACUUCAGAAGUACUUGCCAUCCAAUACUGUCAUUAGAUUGGGUCAUCUUGAUUAGAUUAGAUUAGAUUAGAUUAGAUUAGAUUAGAUUAGAUUGUCAACAGAUUGGGCCAUCCUUAUUUUAUGAUAGGCAUCAUUUUAGUGUGUUACAAUAGUAACAGUAUGCAAAAGCAGCAUUCAGGAGCCAAAAGAUAGUCUGAAGUUAUUCAGAAGUGGUUUGAGGUUUCUGUUUUUUGGUGGCUUUUUUUUUUCACCUUAAGGGAGGAUUUAAUUUGCUCCCAAUUGAUUGUCACUUAAAUGAAAACUUAAAAAUGAAUAAAAAGACAUACUUCUCAGCUGCAAAUAUUAUGGAGAAUUGGGGCACCCAUAGGAAUGAAGAGAGAAAGCAGCUCCCUAACUUCAAAACUAUUUUGGUACCUGACAACAAGAACAUUUCAGAGUAAUUAAUUUAAUAAAGUAAAUUAGUAUUGCUGCAAAUAGUUACAUUUAUUUGAAUUGAUGGUCAAGAGAUUUUCCAUUUUUUUUAGACUGUUCAGUGUUUGUCAAGCUUUCUGGCAUAAAUAUGUACUCAAAAGGCAUUUCCACUUACAAUAUAUAGAAACACAAAAUGUGUUUUCCAUACAGCAGUGCCUAUAUAGUGACUGAUUUUUAACUUUCAAUGUCCAUCUUUCAAAGGAAGUAACACCAAGGUACAAUGUUAAAAGAAUAUUCACUUUACCUGGCAGGGAAAAAUACACAAAAACUGCAAAUACUUCAUAUAGCCCAUUUUAACUUGUAUAAACUGUGUGACUUGUGGCGUCUUAUAAAUAUUGCACUGUAAAGAUUACUGAAUAGUUGUGUCAUGUUAAUAUUCCUAAUUUCAUGUAUCUUGUAAUCAUGACUGAGCCUCAGAAUCAUUUGGAGAAACUAUAUUUUAAAGAACAAGACGUACUUCAAUGUAUUAUACAGAUAAAGUAUUAAAUGUGUUUGAUUUUAAAAGGGCGGACAUUUUAUUAAAAUCAAUAUUGUUUUUGCUUUUUCUGA